AUGGUUCAGAAACUAGAAGCUAUCAAUGGCGGUGGUGGAGGAUCAAUCAAGGUGGGAACUAAAGGGACAAUCAGUUCACUGAUGACAAGGGAACUGGACUCCAUUAAAACACCAAAGCAAACACCUGUAUCUCUUAGACACAAGUCUCUGGCCACAUCGGUUGCCAGUUCAUCGCCGAUUCCGAGACGAUUACAGCAGAGGAAAUUGUCGGAUGGAGUCGGCACCAGCAGCGGUCGCAACGGCAUGAGUUAUAAAAGCCCCCAAAGUUCUGUUCAGAAGACACAAAGCUUUUCUAAAAACGUCCAUCAGAUGCCAAUGCUUGGCUCUGAAAACGUUGCAUUAGAAAGAACUCCCAUCAGGCACAAAAGUGACAAAAAGUGUCCAACAUUGUUGAAGUUGUGGACAUAA